AUGGCUAGCGGUCUCACAGCUGCCACCCGUUAUGGCGUCCAAAGUGUAACUCAGUUGGCCGGCUCCACCUCUUCCCUGCGUCAAACACUCCAGGCUAAUGGUCUCCGACGAUUCGCCCACCAGACACAAACUACUCCUGCUACCUCUCCCUUCGCUCCCCGCCAUCUUCUCUCCAUUGCGGACCUGACUCCUGCUGAGUUUGCGACCCUGGUGCGCAAUGCCGCCUCGCACAAGCGGGCCAUCAAAUCCGGGGCCAUCCCGCAAAGUCUCCUGGGAUCUAUGUCCGGGAAAACCGUCGCCAUGAUGUUUAACAAGCGGAGUACCCGUACCCGUGUUUCUACAGAGGCCGCUACUGUCCAAAUGGGCGGCCAUCCCAUGUUCCUGGGCAAGGACGACAUCCAGCUCGGCGUGAAUGAGUCACUAUACGAUACCUCCGUUGUGAUCUCAUCCAUGGUUUCUUGCAUUGUCGCGCGUGUCGCGAAGCACUCCGAUGUGGCCGGCCUGGCCAAGCACUCGUCCGUCCCGGUCAUCAAUGCCUUGUGCGACUCGUUCCACCCCCUGCAGAUCAUCGCCGACUUCCUCACUAUCUACGAAUCCUUCACACCCAAGGCGCAUGGCCUCUCCAGCCUCGGCCUAGAGGGUCUGAAGAUUGCCUGGGUCGGCGACGCAAACAAUGUGCUGUUCGAUCUCGCCAUUGGUGCUACCAAGAUGGGUGUCGAUAUGGCCGUCGCGACGCCUAAGGGCUACGAAAUUCCCGCCGACAUGCUCGAGAUCAUCCAGCGUUCUGGUGAGGGCGUGUCCGCCCCUGGCAAGCUCACUCAGACCAAUGUCCCCGAGGAGGCUGUUAAGGAUGCUGAUAUUCUGGUGACUGAUACCUGGGUGUCGAUGGGCCAGGAGGAAGAAGCCAAGAAGCGCAUGAAGGCAUUCGAGGGCUUCCAGAUCACAGAUGAUCUCGCUAAGCGUGGUGGUGCUAAGGAGGGCUGGAAGUUCAUGCACUGCCUGCCCCGACACCCCGAAGAGGUCAGCGACGAGGUCUUCUACAGCCCGCGCUCCUUGGUGUUCCCCGAGGCCGAAAACCGCUUGUGGGCAGCUAUUGCGGCUUUGGAGGGCUUUGUGGUGAACAAGGGCAAGAUUGUGGAGUAA